GAAAACACCGGGGAGCACGGAGAACGGGACGUCGGUUCAACGGGCGCACAGCGAGGACUGGUUCGCGUUGUCUUAAGCGUUGUCAAGUGGUAAACCGGUGUUGCGGACCUAAUUAAAGGGCUUCUCCAGGCGCCGCCGUAUAUGAAGCUCUCCUGAGGUUCCAGUGCUGAAGUGCCGUGACGUCCCCCUCCCUCCCAGCUCCUCUUGGACAUCAUGUCCUCAACCUCGUCUUCGUACUCCUCCUCAGGGGAGACCAGCCCUGAAGAUGUCCCCCGAGGUGGGGGUACCAUCCGUGUCUACCUCCCCAACAAACAGAGGACCGUGGUGAAUGUCCGGCAAGGACAGACGGUGUACGAGAGUCUAGACAAAGCACUCAAAGUGAGAGGCCUAACCCAAAGCUGCUGUGCUGUAUUUCGCUUCCUAGAAGGUCACAAGGUGCUGACAGACUGGGAAACAAAUGUCACUCCUCUGGUCGGAGAGGAGCUUUUAGUCGAGAUCCUGGAUGAUAUUCCUCUCACUAUGCACAACUUUGUACGGAAAACUUUUUUCAAGUUGGCUUACUGUGAUUUCUGCCACAAGUUUCUUUUUAAUGGCUUCAGGUGUCAGACAUGUGGCUAUAAGUUUCACCAGCACUGCAGCAGCAUGGUCCCCACUGUGUGUGUGGAUAUGGAAACAGUAAGCAAACGGUAUGAUUCCAUGUCCUGUGCAGAUGAAUGCCCACAAAUAAUGUUGUCAGAAAAUUCCCCAUCGCAGAGCAACCUAGCCUUAACCCCAGAACCUGCUGGAAUGGACCACCUGUCCCCUCCCUCGACCUUUCACUUCCCCAUAGCAGAUGGAGACGGCCAGUCUCUCCAAAGGCAUCGCUCCACGUCCACUCCCAACGUCCACAUGGUCAGCACCGUGGACGCGGCCGGCAUCAGCAUCAUUGAGGAGACGCUGAAGUACAACACAAUAGGUACUGCCUCGUCUUCUUUUUUCAGAAUUGCAGGUCCUGAGCCCUCACCGAAACCCUCCACUAGUCCACCAUCUUAUCUCAGCUCUCCUGGAAAGAGACCACUUAAGUCUCCCUCCGAACACAAGGACCGCAAACCCUCCUCAUCUGAUGACAAAAAGAAGACCCGAGGCAUCAGAGAUUCCAGUUACUACUGGGAGGUCCACCAUAAAGAAGUAAACUUCCAGAAGAGGAUAGGUACUGGCUCCUUUGGAACGGUCUACAAGGGAAAGUGGCACGGUGAUGUGGCUGUAAAGAUCCUUAAAGUUAAAGAACCAACACCUGAGCAGUUACAGGCCUUCAAAAACGAAAUGCAGGUCUUGCGCAAAACCCGCCAUGUCAACAUCCUGCUGUUCAUGGGCUUCAUGACUGUUCCCGAGUUCGCCAUCAUUACGCAGUGGUGUGAAGGGAACAGCCUGUACCGCCAUCUGCAUGUCACCGAAACCAAGUUUGACACGAUGCGGCGCAUUGACGUGGCCCGCCAGACGGCACAGGGCAUGGAUUAUCUUCAUGCCAAGAAUAUAAUUCAUCGAGAUCUAAAAUCAAACAAUAUUUUUCUCCACGAGGGCUGGACUGUCAAGAUCGGUGACUUUGGUUUGGCCACAGUGAAAUCUCGAUGGACUGGCUCUCAGCAGGUCGAACAACCAAGUGGAUCCAUUCUCUGGAUGGCUCCUGAAGUGAUCCGGAUGCAGGACAGCAACCCAUACACGUUCCAGUCUGACGUGUACGGUUAUGGGGUGGUGCUGUACGAGCUGAUGUCAGGAACUCUGCCUUACUCCAAUAUCAACAACAGAGACCAGAUAAUCUUCAUGGUUGGACGUGGUUACUUGUCCCCAGAUCUCAGUAAACUGUACAGUACCUCGCCCAAGUCCAUGAAAAGACUCAUUAUUGACUGCCUGAAGUUCAAACGGGAAGAGAGGCCACUCUUUCCACAGAUCCUGGUAGCCAUCGAGCAGGUACAAGACCUGUUGCCAAAAAUCGAGCGAAGUCGCUCGGAGCCGUCGCUCCACCGGGCCGUCCACGCCGAGGACCUGAACCCUCUCCUGUUCCACACCACCCGGCUGAUGCCCCUCUAGGUCUCCCCAGCACCGGCCUCACGUCCCCACUGGCAGCAUUCCCGUGACCGUCUGGUCACACCUCCACCCCCAUCUACUCUCCACCUGCACAGUCGUGGAGCUGCAGCACUCGCUGGCACAUCCCAGUAACAAACUGUAGGAGUAACAGUAACUAUUUGUCUGUUAGUGAACGUCCUUGCCUUUUAUACAAAGUACAAACACCGGCCCUUUAGGGAGGAAAGUUGGCAACUGUGUAGAAAUAUCCUUCUAAUAUCUGAGCAGGUGAACUGAGACCAACGGUAGAGUGGGCCCACUAGGACAUGAUCAGUGUUUGCAGGAACAUAUGAAAUCCACGUUUUGCACGUUUUUUUUUCUUAAUACUGCAUAAAUGGAAGAGCCCUGGCACAUGAAACGAGAGGGUUGAAAGCAAUAGAAUAAUAGAAUACCUGUGAUUGCAUUUUAAUAGGAUCCUCCGUAAUUUAGUUGUGUUUAAAAAAUAAUAGUCCCACAGCUCAGAAAUAGAUCUUAAUGAAAACACGGGAGUGACGCUCCAACCCUCACACGUAGUGUCAGAGCCGGGGUACCAGGGACUAUGCAAGGUAACAUGUAGCUUAGUUUCAGAGCAAAUAAGAAGCCUUUUCUUUUUUCCAUAAAUUGGAUCAAAAAGCACCUAAAGUGGAUGGAUUUGUUUGGCCAGCACUCAUCUGUCUCUGAAGUGUUUAAAUUAAUCUGGGGACCAAAUUCCUAAUGCCCUAACUCCAGUGUUUAUAUGGAGCUGCAGCCCGCCCCUCACGGCAAGACUGGACGUAGAGCCACAUCUAAACGGUUAUUUUUUGUUUUAUCACUCUGUCAAGUUGCUUGAAUCUUGGACAGACGUCAUGGGACCAUGUUUUUUCAUCGUGGGACGGUUAGGGCACUAAUGACCAAGCUGAUCUGUACCAGCCACGGUGUUGUAGUAGUUCCAGGUCUUGGUAGAGACGGCGUAGUUAUUGACUGAAUGUGUACGUGUAGUGGUGUCAAACUUUCCACUGGUUUGUCGGUGUAGCCCUAAAGAACAGUUCUUACAGCCUCAGUUUUCAAGGAACAAAAAACCCUCCCAGGACUCGUUAACCCACUUCCCUUCUCAACCCAGGCUCUGAGACAGGAAGUGAGGUUUUUAUCAUGCGUUUUCAUCAAAGGACUGUAAUUUAUAUCCCGCCACGGAACUUGGGAAGCUUUGCAACAUGAUGUGUUAAUUCACAUUUUUAGUUGUGUUUCUGCUCUGUUUUGUUCCCUGCACUUCGUAGAUCAGAUUGAAGCUUCAGCAGCAAUCCAGUAUACACUCCUUAGUAUUUUACUAGCGUGUACGCACACAUGAACGCCACUGUUUGGGGAUGGUUAGUAUAGUAUAUGACUACGCUUCAAAUGAAGCAGAAUGACAGCUGUGAGUGUGUGUGUUUCCCCGCUCCUGAACCCUGGUGUUGAACGUGACGCUGAUGUUUCCUGGCCAGGCCGGUGUGUUGGAACUUUGGAGGACUUCAUGUUCACGUUGCACCCCUCGCUACCGAGUCCUGACUGACAGCGAGCCACGAUCGUCACUAACACGUAAUCUCGUUGAUUUGCACAGACGUGUGUAGUUCAGGACUGCAUUUGCACAGACGCGGUUCAGCACUCAGGUGUAUGUCGCUUCACAAACCGCCUGCUUUCAAUAAAAGUGGAUGUAAAGUGACUGGCUUAAAAAUACUAGAUAGAUAGCUGCCUUUUAAACAACUUCCAGUUGAACGCAACCUGUCCUGUUGCUAUUUGUCUUGUGUUAGAGGUGGAUUUGACAUCAGCAGUUUAAACAUGGAGGGGCAUCAAUAUUCGGGUAUCAUCACUGUGCUCCUCUGAUUCCUGGAUGACGAGCUGUGCCUUUAUUGAUACGGGUCUAGUUGAUAAAGCAGUGCCCCUGUACGGAUCAGGACGUGUAACGUCAUCACAGCUGGUAGUUUGGAGUCAGGACAGGCUAAACUCUUCAUCAGUCCUGGAAGGCUUUACGUGCAUUUGCACGAUGCUGCUGUUGUCCACAUUACUGGUUCCUAUAGUAGCUGCAUCAUUCUAACAGUAGUGUGAAAAAACAUCUGGUUUGAAUUUAAAGUGCAGUCUCCAACUAGAUGGUGGUUAUCUUGCUUUCUUAGUUCUCCUGUCAAUGCAGUGGGGCAGGUUCGUACAGCAGAUGUCCACUAAACUCUGGGGCUUGGGUCGUCUGGUCUGAUCGCUGCUGUUAAAUGUCCCUGGCCUGAACUGGUGAACUGGGUUUCCCCGUCAGGUGCUCGGUACCAGACGGACGGAUCAGCCUGCAACGUCUCGCCCUCACAAUCUAUGCAUCUUGUGUUUGAAGACGUCUUUAAAGUUAGUUUUCUUGCUGGGAGGAGUUCCGGUAAUAAGUGACGGCCCUCGCUGUAGCGUGUUCUCAGCGAGUGAGCCGGGUCUCAAGCCCGUUCCUGCUCCGGCCACUGGACCUGGGAUCCUCUGGAAGUCCAGGGGUUUUCUAGUGAAUGUGAAUAGCCGUGUUUCUGUCCAACAGGUGAAGGAGGAGCAACACGUCUCUUGAAAUGGUCCUGCAGGUCCUUCCCCCCCUCCUUCCCCUCACAUUUCCACGAUUGUUGCUUUUCUUGAUUUCAGACAGACUUAAUGAAUUGCUGAGGCGCAGGUUGUUGCUGUUGCUGAUAACUCUGGAGGUAUUUGCUUUAUGGUAGUCUUGGUGUUGGGUCGACACUCGAAUGGAGAACCGUGGGUUUGUUCUGCUGCUCUGACGGCUCUGUGACGCUCACCACCACCCUGGCGAGCACUGGGGACCUUAAUCUGCUAGUAACUCUGGGCUGGGAACCCUAACUCCUCUCACGUUUCACCAGCAGGCUCUCAGUGGACCAGAGAAGUCUCUGUACGUCUUUCUCUUAUUUAUUGAUGUUUCUACCGCAGAUCUUUGAGGUGGAUUCAACGUUGACCAAGAUUGUUUUGGUCACUGAAGCUUUCAAGUCAUUGCCAGGGACUUCUCUCUCUGUCUCUCCGUCUCCGUCUCUCCAUCGAGAAGGUUAUGGUACUGUCUGCUCCUCCUUUACCUCCGACACUGCUGGGGCAUUUCUAAUGGCGUUGCUUUAAAACAGUCAGAGCACAAACUAGUUAUUGUACUUUUGAGCAAAGGUCUGCUCAUGGGGUUUCACUACAAGGCACUUGUUGAUAACAGAGAAACUGUAAAGAAACAUGUAUUUAUGUGGUGAGUUUAAACUGGAGCCUCUUCAGUGAUUCAGGGUUUAGAGCCAGAGGCUGACGAGUGAAAGCUGCUUUUUAACUAUUCAGCAAGUGCGUGCGUGCGUGCGUGCGUGCGUGCGUGCGUGCGUGCGUGCGUGCGUGCGUGCGUGCGUGCGUGCGUGCGUGCGUGCGUGCGUGCGUGCGUGCGUGCGUGAGCUUUCCAUCAUCAGAGCAGGUUUUCUUUUGAAUCAGUAGUAGUGCAUCGCCACUUGGAGGGACUCGCGUUAGAAGUUUUUUCUUUUCCUGCUUGCGAGGCGUCUCAGACAGUUUUGGUCCAGUUUUGCGGUAGCCUGGUGUCUCCUGGGGGAGGGGAAGGGGGGCCCUGUACCUGUACAGCUCCACCACAGUGACGUGCUACACCUGGAGGUUUCCGAGGGAACAACCAAACCCUACACAGAGGACCAGAGCCGUUUCAGAUUAGUCUUUAUUUUGUCUUUUCAUAUCUGUAGGUGAAUCGCAAUACUUUUGUUGAUAGGUUCUGCGGUGUCAGGGGUGUUCAGUUUGCAAUAAAUGGUAUAUUCUGAUGUGUACAGUUACAUUUUUGUAAUUACAGAAAUUGUAUUUGGGUUUUGUACAUUUUUGUGAUGGUUUCAAAAAGAACAAAAUUUUAAAGUUUAAAGGAGAUCUGAGUAUUUUUAGCUUUUUGUCUUAAGAUAUUGAUGCAGGAUUUAUUCUUGAAAUAAAUAAAUUCAUCUGUGUUACCCUUCCUUUUAAA